AUGCCGAAAGAGAGAUGGCACAUAUAUGAAACUAUUUCUACUUAUUCCGAGCACGUGCUCUUUCUUACAAAUGGAGGAACUGAGAUUUACAGUGAUGUGAGAAGGAAUUCGUUGGAGGAAGCAAUAAAGGUGUGCUUAGAAGGUGGUUUGCAAGGCAUUGUUUCAGAAGUUAAAGGAAUCUUUCGGAAUCCAGCAGAAAUAACCAAGAUUAAAGCGUCUAAGCUUUCUCUCCUAACAUUAAGCAAAUUGAAUAAUGUGGCGGAAGCAGUCUACUUGCAGCAUCUAAUGGGUGUGGAUGACGUGAUUGUUGAUUUGGUUCAGGAAAUUACAGAGGCUGUUACCAACAUGAUUAAGCCAUCGGAGGUGGUGGAUGAAGGAGAGAUGAUACUUUUGGAGGGGUUGGAGCAGAUUCAAAUUGAAGCCAAACCACAGUUCUCACAAAGGAAGCUGUCAUUUCUGUGGAAGUUGAUACCAGAAUUAAUACAGCUUUAAUAUAUAUAUAUAUAUAUAUAUAUAUAUAUAUAUAUUCAAUUCUUAUACAUUAAAAUACAUUAGAGAUGGAAAAAGGCCAGCCUAUGUACAAACAGUUUAGAGGAACUCUGGCUACCUCCAUGCUUCAAAAUUUAGGUAACAAGUUUAGAGGGAAAAACCUAGUGAAAGUCUUUUCUUGCUACUCUUACUUGAACAUUGUACUACUUUUGAGAUAAAUAUA